AUAACUAUGUACGCUACCAUAACCACCUUAGCCCUAACUUCCUUAAUUCCCCCUAUCCUUACCACCUUCAUCAAUCCUAACAAAAAAAGCUCAUACCCCCAUUACGUAAAAUCUAUCGUCGCAUCCACCUUUAUCAUCAGCCUCUUCCCCACAACAAUAUUUCUAUGCCUAGACCAAGAAGCUAUUAUCUCAAGCUGACACUGAGCAACAACCCAAACAAUUCAACUCUCCCUAAGCUUUAAACUAGAUUAUUUCUCCAUAAUAUUUAUCCCUGUAGCACUGUUCGUCACAUGAUCCAUCAUAGAAUUCUCACUAUGAUAUAUAAACUCAGACCCCAACAUCAACCAAUUCUUCAAAUACCUGCUCAUCUUUCUAAUCACCAUACUAAUCCUAGUCACCGCUAAUAACCUAUUUCAACUCUUUAUCGGCUGAGAAGGUGUGGGAAUUAUAUCUUUUCUACUCAUUGGCUGAUGAUACGCUCGAACAGACGCCAACACAGCAGCCGUCCAAGCAAUUCUAUACAACCGUAUUGGUGACAUUGGUUUUAUCCUAGCCCUAGCAUGAUUUCUCCUACACUCCAACUCAUGAGACCCACAACAAAUAUCUCUCUUAAACACCAACCCUAACCUUAUCCCACUUCUAGGUUUCCUCCUAGCAGCAGCAGGCAAAUCAGCUCAACUAGGCCUCCACCCCUGACUCCCCUCGGCCAUAGAAGGCCCCACCCCCGUCUCAGCCCUACUCCACUCAAGCACUAUAGUCGUGGCAGGGGUCUUCCUACUCAUCCGCUUCCACCAUUUAGCAGAAAACAACUCACUAGCUCAAACUCUUACACUAUGCCUAGGCGCUAUUACUACUCUAUUCGCGGCAGUCUGCGCUCUCACACAAAAUGAUAUCAAAAAAAUCGUAGCCUUCUCCACUUCAAGCCAAUUAGGGCUCAUAGUAGCCACAAUUGGCAUCGGCCAGCCACACCUAGCAUUUCUACACAUCUGCACCCACGCUUUCUUUAAAGCCAUAUUAUUUAUAUGCUCCGGAUCCAUUAUCCAUAACCUCAAUAAUGAGCAAGACAUCCGAAAAAUAGGAGGUCUGCUCAAAGCCAUACCCCUUACUUCAACCUCCCUAGCCAUUGGCAGCCUAGCACUAAUAGGAAUACCUUUUCUCACAGGCUUCUACUCCAAAGACCUCAUCAUCGAAACCGCAAACAUAUCACACACAAACGCCUGGGCCCUAUCAAUCAUUCUCAUCGCCACCUCUCUUACGAGUGCCUACAGCACUCGAAUAAUCCUUCUCACCCUGACAGGUCAACCUCGCUUCCCAACCUUUGCCAACAUCAACGAAAACUACUCCACCCUAUUAAAUCCUAUUAAACGCCUAACAAUUGGAAGCCUGUUUGCAGGAUUCUUCAUCACCAACAACAUCCUCCCUACAUCCGUACCCCAAAUGACAAUCCCACUUUACUUAAAACUUACAGCUCUAAGCAUCACUCUCCUAGGACUCCUGACAGCCCUAGACCUCAACUACCUCACCAACAAACUCAAAAUAAAACACCCACCACACACAUUUUACUUCUCCAACAUACUCGGAUUUUACCCCAACAUCACACACCGCACAAUUCCCUAUCUAGGCCUUCUCAUAAGUCAAAAUCUACCCCUACUCCUCCUAGACCUAAUUUGACUAGAAAAACUACUACCCAAAACAAUCUCACAGCAUCAAAUCUCAGCCUCCAUCACUACCUCUACCCAAAAAGGUUUGAUCAAACUGUACUUCCUCUCUUUCUUCUUCCCUCUUCUUAUAAUCCUUCUUCUAAUCACAUAA